CCCAUCUCACAAAAACAACAUAUAAGCAUUAAGCAAUAACAAAAAACAAAAAAUCAAGAUCUCAAUCCACACCACAGGCGAAAAUGUCUCUCAUAACAGAAGAAAUUAGAGCAAGUGCAUCAGAAAUCUACCAUGGGGAUGCAAUUGGUCAAGAAAAGUCAAAGUUUUUGCUCACAGAAAUGGGACUACCGAAUGGUCUCUUACCAUUAGAAGACAUUGUUGAAUGUGGGUACAUAGAAAGCACUGGCUUCGUGUGGCUUAUUCAAAAGAAAGAAAAGAAGCACAAGUUUGAAAAGAUUGGAAAGCUAGUUUCCUACGGAAAAGAAGUUACCGCAACCAUUGAGAAGUUCAAGAUCAAGAAACUAACGGGUGUUAAGACUAAAGAGCUUUUAAUGUGGAUCACACUUAGUGAUAUCACUGUUGAUAAUCCGCCUACUGGAAAGAUCACUUUUAAGGCCACUUCUGGCCUUUAUAGGACCUUUCCAGUGUCGGCUUUUGAAAUUGAGGAUGUCAAAAAAGAUGUUGCAAGUGUUGAUGUGGCCAAGGAUACUAAAGUUGUUGAUGAAGUUAAGAAGGAUGUUGAAGUUGAUGUGGCUAAGGAAACUAAAGUUCAAGAGGUUUGAUCAAGCAAGUAUUCUUUGCACCAAGUAAUGGAUUUUUCAUAUCAAAUACAACAAUGAAGGAAUCUUUAUAAUUAUGGAUGAAUAUAUGUCAUUAUGUAUCAGCUUAUCAAUCAAUAAUUAUAUAUCUAAUCCUUCAUGACUUCAUUUUUAGAUGAAUCAUGAAUAUCUUUCAUUUAAUUAAA